AAAAAUCGUUGGUAGGGGAUACUGUGGUCUGAAUUUUUUUUUUCGCAAAUAUUUUUUGGUAUAUAAAAUAAUGUAAUAUUUGAUGUCCAUUUCAGUAAAUUUUUAAACGUUAGCUAGUGUCCAUACGUUAUUUCAGGCCACAUCAUGAGGGCAAUCUUAAUUUUGACAACGUUGUCGGUGCUGUGCUAUUUCGCGUCAGCUGCUUCAGUCGAGACAUCCGAUGUUGCUGAACUGAUACCAGUGGAGGUGGACGAUGAGCCAACAGCCGCAAUCACUGAUGAGUCCAGUCAACCGUUAGUUCGUAAGAAGCGAACUCUUUUGUUGAAGAAAAUUAAAUUGGCCAAAUUGGGAUUGCUCGGAGCUGUUGGUUUGGGUGCAGUGGCUAAAGUUGGACUCGUUGGUGGUUUAGCUGCUGGCGGUCUUGGAGCUCUAGGUGGUGGCGGCGGCGGUGGAGGAUAUCGUGGUGGCAGUAGUUACGGAGGCAGCAGUUAUGGAAACUCUGGAUACGGAAACUCUGGUGGUUGGUCAAGUGGUGGCGGUGGUGGAUAUGGAGGCAACUAUGGUGGUGGAUAUGGAGGCAGUGGUGGAUAUGGAGGCAGUGGAGGAUAUGGGGGCAACUAUGGUAGCAACUACGGAGGAUCGUCGCAAGGUUGGUCUAGCGGUAACAAUGGAUAUAGCUCUGGCGGUUGGGGAAGCGGAAGUGGAUAUGGUGGACGUGGCCAAACACAAUAUAUUGUAGCGUACACACAAGGUGGUCACAACCAGUGGUAGAAUUACAAUUUUUUUUUAGACAAAGCUUUAAAUCAACAACUGCCAUAUAGAUAAAAUGUGUCUUCAACUUGAUCGAGUUCGUCAAACGAAUUCUUGAGCAAUUGUACAAAUCCGAGUAAAUAUUUUUUUACGAUUUUCUACUAAGAAAAAAAUAAAUCCGAAAAUACUCUGA